UUGUAUUGAAGCUACAUGGAUAAGAAACGUGCGUCCCCAAAAGAACACCAACCUCCUCAAACGCCUUCUAAACCUCUUCUCUUCCCAGCACUCUACGCACAUCCCUUAUCUUUAUAUCUCACCCUCAGCAGAACCGCAAUCGUCCACCUCUCGUCGCCCUAUAUGGCUACAAAUCUCUCAGUCGCAAGCCUCUCCGCCACCUCCACCGGCGUGCUGGAGGCAUGGAGCUCCGUGAAGCCUGCUGCGCUCCCUCAAAGGAGCCCCCUUUUCGCAAGCAGAUGCCUCCUUGGAAAGAAGGCGGCCAGGCUUAGGGUUGUCCGGAGUGCACCAUCUACACCGGGAGGGAUUUCGGAGAAGGUGUCGGAGAGCAUAAAAAAAGCCGAGGAGGCGUGCGACGGCGAUGAGAAGAGCGGUGAGUGCGCCGCCGCGUGGGAUGAGGUGGAGGAACUCAGCGCCGCCGCCAGCCACGCGCGUGACCGGGCUAAGGAAUAUGAUCCUCUCGAGAACUACUGUAAGGACAAUCCGGAGACUAAUGAAUGCCGCACCUUCGAUAACUAAUAUUUUACGACUCAUUUUCUUGAUGCUCUACAACUUUAGUAGAUGUUUUAUUCAUAUAUGAUAAAAUAGGAGGAAAGAAUCAAAGCACUGGCUUCGUUUGGGACGAUUUUUUUAUACUUCGUAAAGUGAUUUUUUAGUAAAAAAAAUUUAUAUUUUAAAAAAAAAAUCACUAUAAGAAGUAGAAAGAAAGCCGUCUCAAACAAGGCUUAAGUUUGUAAAAUAUCUUUUCCUACGAAGUUGUUGGAAAUAUUUUGUGAUUUUAGCUUACAUGUUGAUGUGGUAUGUUUAAAAGAUGCUAUUGUAAAAAAGAAAAUCUGUAAUUGCAGUUGUUUUUCAUUUUUAGUAUUA